GCAUCCAGCCUGCAUGGACAGGGCCACUUUUGCCUGUUCCACUGCCUUUUUCCGUGACCACAGCACAGCAGCUCAGGGUGCAUUUUGCCUCCCCGGGGGACACGUUGAUUUUAUUGAAAAAGUAGAUUCCUUCACUUACUCGGAUUUUUUCCGGGAUUAUUUGAUUCCCAACCAUCCCUGUGUUUUCUCAGCCAAGUUCACUGAAGACUGGGGUGGCAGGAGAAAUUGGGUGACUCGGGAUGGGAAGCCUAACUUUGAUCAUCUGCUGCAGAAGUUUGGAGAGGCUGUAGUGCCUGUGGCCAACUGUGAUGUCAAGGAAUACAAUUCCAACCCUAAGGAGCAGCUGCCCUUCAAGGAGUAUGUGAAGUACUGGAAGGAGUACAUUAAAAAUGACUAUCGCUCCUCCCGAGGGUGCCUCUACCUAAAGGAUUGGCACCUGAGCAGAGCUUUCCCAGAGCAAGAUGUUUACACAACUCCUGUGUACUUCUCCUCUGAUUGGCUCAAUGAGUACUGGGAUGCUGUGGCUGUGGAUGACUAUCGCUUUGUCUACAUGGGACCUAAGGGUUCCUGGACACCAUUCCAUGCUGAUGUCUUCCGUUCCUACAGCUGGUCAGCAAAUAUAUGUGGCAGAAAGAAAUGGCUCUUGUAUCCUGCAGGACAGGAGGAAUACCUGAAGGACCUUCAUGGCAACUUACCUUUUGAUGUCACUGCACCCAAUCUUCAGGACAAGAGUGUUUACCCUCGCUACAACCAAAGCCAACCCCCUGUGGAGAUCGUGCAGGAAGCAGGGGAGAUUGUCUUCAUUCCCAGUGGAUGGCAUCAUCAGGUUUACAACCUGGAGGACACAAUUUCCAUUAACCACAACUGGGUGAAUGGCUGCAAUGUGGCUAUCAUGUGGUGCUUCCUGCAGGAUGAAUUAGCUGCUGUCCAACGGGAAAUCAAUCAGUGGAAAGACCCUAUGGAUGACUGGCACCUUCAAUGCCAGCUGAUCAUGAAGUCCUGCACAGGUAUAGACUACAAAGAAUUCUACAACUUCCUCAAAGUUAUUGCAGAGAACAGGAUUUCUGUCUUGGAAAAAGGUCUGGAUGAUGAAGCUUCAGCCAAGAACACCCCAAAAGCUGCUAUUUCCACCCUGGGCAUGCUCCAUGCUGUGUUUGACCUGAAGAGAACUGUGAAGGUGUUGACAUCAUUAAGUGCUAAUGAAGACUUCAAGAAACUAGACCUGACAUCACUCUCUCCACCUCCUGAGGCUUUGCUCCACCACCUGAAAGCAGCAAUAGAUACAGCCCUGCUCUGACUUCCUAUUUACUCACUUCUUUGUGAAAUGAACCUUUUCCAAAGGGUUUGGAGGAGACUAACUCCUCCCUGUUUUCUAGCUGGUGCAGUU